GGGGGCCGCGGGGGGGGAGGCGGUAAGAAAAGGGCGGCGCGCGCGGCGGCGGCGGCAGCUCCCCGGCAGCGGCGGUGGAGAGCGCAGCGCGCAGCCCGGUGCAGCCCUGGCUUUCCCCUCGCUGCGCGCCCGCGCCCCCUUUCGCGUCCGCAACCAGAAGCCCAGUGCGGCGCCAGGAGCCGGACCCGCGCCCGCACCGCUCCCGGGACCGCGACCCCGGCCGCCCAGAGAUGACCGCGACCGAAGCCCUCCUGCGCGUCCUCUUGCUCCUGCUGGCUUUCGGCCACAGCACCUAUGGGGCUGAAUGCUUCCCGGCCUGCAACCCCCAAAAUGGAUUCUGCGAGGAUGACAAUGUUUGCAGGUGCCAGCCUGGCUGGCAGGGUCCCCUGUGUGACCAGUGCAUGACCUCUCCCGGCUGCCUUCACGGACUCUGUGAAGAACCCGGGCAGUGCAUUUGCACCGACGGCUGGGACGGGGAACUCUGUGAUAGAGAUGUUCGGGCCUGCUCCUCGACCCCCUGUGCCAACAACGGGACCUGCGUGAGCCUGGACGAUGGCCUCUAUGAAUGCUCCUGUGCCCCCGGGUACUCGGGAAAGGACUGCCAGAAAAAGGACGGGCCCUGUGUGAUCAAUGGCUCCCCCUGCCAGCACGGAGGCACCUGCGUGGACGAUGAGGGCCGGGCCUCCCAUGCCUCCUGCCUGUGCCCCCCCGGCUUCUCAGGCAAUUUCUGCGAGAUCGUGGCCAACAGCUGCACCCCCAACCCAUGCGAGAACGACGGCGUCUGCACUGACAUCGGGGGCGACUUCCGCUGCCGGUGCCCAGCCGGCUUCAUCGACAAGACCUGCAGCCGCCCGGUGACCAACUGCGCCAGCAGCCCAUGCCAGAAUGGGGGCACCUGCCUGCAGCACACCCAGGUGAGCUACGAGUGUCUGUGCAAGCCCGAGUUCACAGGUCUCACCUGUGUCAAGAAGCGCGCGCUGAGCCCCCAGCAGGUCACCCGUCUGCCCAGCGGCUACGGGCUGGCCUACCGCCUGACCCCUGGGGUGCACGAGCUGCCGGUGCAGCAGCCCGAGCACCGCAUCCUGAAGGUGUCUAUGAAAGAGCUCAACAAGAAUACCCCUCUCCUCACCGAGGGCCAGGCCAUCUGCUUCACCAUCCUGGGCGUGCUCACCAGCCUGGUGGUGCUGGGCACUGUGGGUAUCGUCUUCCUCAACAAGUGCGAGACCUGGGUGUCCAACCUGCGCUACAACCACAUGCUGCGGAAGAAGAAGAACCUGCUGCUUCAGUACAACAGCGGGGAAGACCUGGCCGUCAACAUCAUCUUCCCCGAGAAGAUCGACAUGACCACCUUCAGCAAGGAGGCUGGCGACGAGGAGAUCUAAGCAGCAUUCCCACAGCUCCCCCCUAGAUUCUUGGAGUUCCGCAGAGCUUACUAUACGCGGUCUGUCCUAAUCUUUGUGGUGUUCGCUAUCUCUUGUGUCAAAUCUGGUGAACGCUACGCUUACAUAUAUUGUCUUUGUGCUGCUGUGUGACAAACGCAAUGCUAAAACAAUCCUCUUUCUCUCUCUUAAUGCAUGAUACAGAAUAAUAAUAAGAAUUUCAUCUUUAAAUGAGUAAGAGAAAUAAGUAUGUUAUUCUAAACUCUAAACUUAAAUGAAAUUUCAAAAAAGACCAAAAAAAAACAAGGCAACAGAACCAGGGCUCAGUGCCGACGCCCCUCCCUGGGGGUCUCGGCCACAGGGUCCUCGUGAAACCGUUACGAGUGCUGUACAUGACCACCCACUGUGCAAAGAGCUACGAUUGCUUUCGUUCGUUAAUUCUCACACACCACAUCCGACUCGCACUCACAUCCAGCUCAACAUCGCUACCUUUAGAUCUUUCCAAUUGAUUUGAGAUUUAGCGGAGUGCAGCGGCUGUGUGUCAGUCAGAGAGAGCCCCAGGUUGGCUGCUGGGGGGCCGGGCCUCUGUCCCAGCCCUGCCACUAACUCGCUGUGUGAUCCUUGGCGAGUCCCUAUCCCAAUCCUGGGCCCACUUUCUCGCCCCUCUCGAGGGAGGGGUUUGAACACCGACCAUCACGGUCCUCUCUGGCUCUAAAACUCUGAAUUAGGAACGAGGGGGUAUGAACCAAAACACUUCCUGACCCCAACAAUUGGGAUCUGAUGAAGACGAAGUCUCAUCCUGGGAUCUGAAAGGUUUUGGCCUAUCCUGGAUGAACGCUUGAUGUUGAAAUUUAUCCUAACUGCAUUUCUCAAAGUGGGGAGCCUCCUGGCCCACUUCCCUUUUGGGAAAACAUAGCCCCUUUGAGUCAUAAUGUGCCAUCUGGAGUUGCCAUUUAGGCAGCCAGCCCUCCCCCACCCCUCCUUGCCCACCCAGAACCCCAACACUAUACCUGCCUCUACCCUAUAGAGACAUCCCUUGAGACUUGAAUGUACUUUGAGCCGCAAGUGCCCCUGGCAGAAUCUGAGCAGCAACACAGCCCUCACCAAGGUUUUCACAGGGAUUAGUGGAAAUUGUCACUUGUGGGGCGCUUACUAGUUUUGUGGCAAAUGUGGUCCAAGACCUGGCCCACACAGCCAUGGGUUUACAUUUGUGUUGCUGAGUUAAUAAUCCUCAGAUCUCAAAAGACCUAGCCAGCUUCUGAAUUUUGAAUUUGACUUUUUUUUUUUUUUUAACAAAGAGCAUCUAUCUUUUUUGCAAAAAUAGAAAGAAAUGGGACAGAGCUCUGUUUAGCUUUUCAGCUUUUGGGGUUGGACAGCUAAACAGCCCUUGGGUACCAGAUAGAAAUAUUUUGCUUCUUAGAUUAUUUGGAUAAGAAUCUAUACUCUUAGCUUUAUUGAGUAUUACCUGCCGUGUUUACCUUGCUCCAGGUGUUUAUUUCUAAGUCAUCAUCACCUUCGUCAUCUACAGUCACUCACAUCAGUCACCCACACACAACUCACAGUCACCCAUCCAUUGGUCACCUGCGCCAUCGUCAUGACACAAUAUCGACCUCAUCACCUCAUCGUCCUCCAGCCACCACCCAAGCCUCCUCAUCCUGACUCAAAGCCCGACCAGCACCUGCCCAAACUCCCAACACCCCACUCUCCCCACCAAGCCAUUGGUCUCUUCACUCCCGGUCCUUUGUCAUCCUGAUUCCAAGCCCCGCCCUACCCUCACCGCCUCCUCUGCAUCAUCUGCAUUCUGCAGAGCCCCUCCUACCCGCCUCUGUCCCCACCAGGCCCCUCCCUACCGUCAGCCCUGAGUCCCACAGCAUGAGUCCCCAGCCCCUCCCAGCCUCACCCCUAAAACCCUGUCACCCCCCCGACCACCAUCAUCAAUGCCAAGCCCCUUCCCCUUCUCCAGCUCCCGUCCCCCCAUCCUUCCCCUCCUGUUAGCCUACCCCUCCUUUCCUAUCACCCCCACCUUUCCCUUCCCGUUCUCCCCACCCUUCCCCUCCGAUCCCACCACCCUUCCCUUCCGAUCCCCAUCAUCCUUCCCCUCUGAUCCCCCGCCCUUCCCCUCCUGUCCCCCCCAGCCCUCCCUUCCUAUCACCCCCACCCUUCUCCUCCCUUCCCUCACCCCAAACCCCUGGGUCCUCCACCCCAAUCUCUGACAACCGUCCCAAGUCCCUCUUCCUCCCCCACGAAGUCAUUCAUAAGUCACCAUCUCAUCUCAUUUUGAGUUUGUUUUAAGAAUUAAAAAAAAUUAAAAAGACAAAAAAAAAGAAUUGUUGGCAUGUGUCAGGCGGGCGUCUGGUACCCCGCCUGGCCUCUCUCAGCGUGAGACCUGGACUGAGUCUGCUAACGAUUCUGUUCCUCAGUUUCCCCAAAUAGAAAAUUCUAAGAUUGGUGAGAUGAUCAAAUUAUCUAUGUUUUCGGUCUUGAUGCUAUAGAGAAUAGCCAUGUUCCCCUGAUAACAAGAAAAAGACGUCCCACGGUCGAGGUAUCCUUGACCAACUCCCCAUCCAUUCAUUUGUUCACCGUCCACAACUCAUCUGAUCAGGAAGCAUUUCCAGGCACCUGCGGAGCACUAGGCAGUGUGCGGGAGCUGCAGGGCAGGCAGGAUGAGGGGGCAGUCUGGAGGGGGGUGGACACACAGCUGUCCCCAGGGAGCCCAGCGCGGUGCCGGUCACAUGCCGUGGGAGUGGAGGGUCCUGAGCAGACGCCUCCCUUGGAGAAGAGCCACCAUCUCACCUUCCCACGCAACAAAUUAUCUAUUACCAGCACGCGAUGAGGCCGUCCCUCCCAAAUUCCACAGUGCCAACCACUCGCACUACCCCCCCCCGUGCCACAGGAGCAGUGUCAGCAGCCUCGCCACGGUCUUCACGUCAUGCAGAAAUGGUCAUUCCAUGUUCUAUGGCCACCAGAUUCUGCUGAGAGUGUCGGGAUCCUUGACUGCCCAGCCACACCUUGUGUGUGUCUGGUGUAGUGUGUAGUUUACGAAACAAACGGAAAAGCUCAAAGACAGCGAUCCAAGACAUGAUCAGCAAUUCGGUCCCAAAUUAGGAGAGGAGGAAGAGGAGUAUCAAUUUUGUCACCAAAAUGUUAAAAAAAAUGUCCUUGGCGCUCUUUUUAGCUUUCCCGUUUACUACCAGUCCAGACAUGCAAAAAAACCUUGUUUAUUGAAAAAUAAACAACAAG